AUGUCUUCGCGAUUUGCUUCGAAAACGACUGUUGUACCACCAGUCAUAAGCACUUUGGGUGAACCACAACUGAUGUUUCUGCGAAAAGCAGACUGCACAACAGAUCCAACUUUGAUGAGAAAUAUGCCUUCAUUGAACACUUGCCAAAGAGUUCGCUCGGAGUUAUAUAAAAUGCAAGAGGGUUCAUCGGAUGAAGUUCAGCAACAGUGCAAGCCGGUUGCGAGAUGGCAGAAUUUUGGCACGUUUUCCAGGGAUGACAUUGCUUAUUUCAUCCAGCAGUACCAAAUCAAGGCUACAAAAAAGGAUGUGCAAGAUGAAGAAGCGUGGUUUGGUCAAUUGUUAACCCUUUACUCUUCUAAAGCAAACGAUUCAAUCGUAUGUAAUGCGAGAACUUUUAUGGAACACAUUUGGAUGUCUUCACCAAACUCUACCGUAUUCUCCAGCGGAAUUUCAGCAGAACAGAUAAGUAAAUUGUGUUGUGAUCGUUGGCUAUCAUGCGACAUAAUCGAUGGUGUCUUUGCAAUGAUUAACCAAAGUAAUGACACUCACUACUUUGCAGUCUGUACUGAAGCAUUAAUUCACUCAGUGCGAGCUCAACAGCGACUGUGUAGUACUAUUACUAACAAACUACCACAAUUGGAAUACAUUCACUUUGCCCUAAACGUAAAACGAAUAAAUGGAAAGGUGUUUGUGGGAAAUGGAAAUCACUGGACCUACUUUGUGUUUAGUACCUCACUUGAUGAACUCUAUUACGGUGAUAGUCUUGGUUGGAAUUUGCCUUCAAAUCUUCGUACAGUUAUGAAACCAGUCUUUGAAGCACUUUAUACGUUCAGUGGAAAAUCCUUUACCAAACCUCGUUAUCCGGUCCUUAUGCAUCAACCAGGGGUAGCAUACAAACACAAGUGUGGUAGUUCUUGCUUCAAAGCUUUUCCACUUCAGACGUGUGGCUCUGCAUGUGGUCUGACACCAGUUUUCAUGGCGGCAAUAGCUGGAAACAGAGAAGAACUUUGGAAGCACAUGAUUACAGAAAGAACUCCUAAUCAAAACGUAUUGAAGGAUGUGAGAAAAAUUACGGGAGUUACACAAAAUUCUCCGUUACUGAGAGCAGCUAUUAUGGGUUGGUUUGUUAGCUCUGCAGUUACGCUUGAUGCACAUCUCAUCCCUCCCUCUUCUAUCUGUAACACUGCGGCAGAUAGUGACACAGCAAGUCCAUCAAGCACUAGCACUGAAUUCAGUCCGUCAGCCUCUAGCAUGGCAAGUCCGUCAGCUGCUAGUAAAACAAGUCCUUCAAACGCGAACACAGCAAGUCCGUCAGCUGCUAGUAAAGCAAGUCCUUCAAACGCUAGUAAAGCAAGUCCGUCAGCUGCUAGUAAAGCAAGUCCUUCAAACGCGAACACAGCAAGUCCUUCAGCUGCUAGUAAAGCAAGUCCGUCAGCUGCUAGUAAAGCAACUCCUUCAAACGCGAACAUAGCAAGUCCGUCAGCUGCUAGUAAAGAAAGUCCUUCAAAUGCGAAAACAGCAAGUCCGUCCAGCACUAGCACAGUGAGUCGAUCAGACACUAGCACAGCAAAAUGUACUGCGAGUCCCUCUGUCAUUUUAUCUGGCAAAAGGUUUCUUCCAUUUCCUGGUGUUUCUAAAUGCUUCUACAAGCAGCAAGGAGAAAUUUGGGCCAAAAAUAAUUCGCGCAAUUUAAAUCGAAUGGAAACAAUUUGGAUCAAGAAAAAUGGCGAAACCAUUGGCGAGUGCAAAGAAAGAAAUAAAGGAACUCUAGAAGAGAACAUUGCAGAACUGGAAAUUGCCAUAGGGAUCGAGAAAAGAGCUAAAAGGGUUGCUGAACUGAAAAGCAUUGUAGAAGUGGCCAGGGAAAUAAUUUCAUGCCUUGUGGUUCCUACCCACGGAGCGUUUGACCUUUACUGGAAGCACAAAAAUUUUCAUCUUGGAACUGAACAUAAAGCAGUUUAUAGGGCAAGUGACACUUUUGUUACCUCAAGUCAGCACCUAAACAUUGCUCAAGUUAUUGUUUGCGGGAAAGCGUAUUUAUGUGAGGCGCACAAUACUGACAUUAUUAAACUUCAGGAGACACUUACCUUAAUGACAAAGGAACAUUCAGAGAAAACGUUUUCUUCUGAGGUUCGCAAGCGACUUAACAAUUCCUUUCAAACGUCCUUAAGCUGUCUUGACACUAAAAAAGACAGAGACAUUUUUAUGGGAAUUUUUGCUCAUCUGACGAGUGCCACCAAUGUAAUGCGACUACGGACUCUUCAAAGCCGGAGAGCAAUAGUGCGUCAAGCAGUAAGAACCGAUUCUCUUUUCAGAAACUAUGAAAGUAUGAAGACAUCAGUCCUCUCUGUUCGCAAUGAUAUGACUAAUAAACAGCAGCAGGAGUUUGAAAGAAAGAAACUGAAAAACUUAUCUGCAAAAUAUUUCAAAUCCAUAUGUGAUGGUCGUGGUCGGAGACUCAAAUGCGAAGAAUUUCCGGAACUCCCCGCUCUGCUGGAAUAUGCCUUUGGACAACAAGACGUCCUUGCAAGGGGUGGCGGGAGACUAGAGGCGCACUCAAAAUUGUACGAAAAUACGCUCUAUAAGGCAAUAGAUAACAAAACGAUAAUGCGUGAAGCUCGUGAUGUUAUUCUCGCUUUGGCGGAUGAAAACUUCGACGUCAGUCUCUCCUGUCUCUAUACGUACACUAUGAAUUAUAAAAAAGGCACAAAUCAUGCAAAGAGGCAUCAUGUUGGAAGAAAUGUGAACGCAAAAAUAUCGCUUCACAAGGCGCCCAGCACAGGAGACUUUAAGCAUCCGGUUAAUGCACAUUGGUCCACUUCACAUGUCAAUUUCAUUUGUGAUGAAACAAAUCAGUACGAAGCUUCUUGCAUGAUAGACUCCAAGGAUGCUAAGUGCAUUAUCAAUGGCGAGUUACCACCUGUUCUCAAACCUGGAAAGACGUGGAAAAGUAUAGAAUAUCCAGAUCAUACCUUUGACCAAUCGAGGAACAACGCUGUGACUCCAAUAACUCACUUAUUUUUACAGUAAAAAAUUUUACCUUUUAACACGCCUGCUCUUAACUCUGCCAAUCUGAAUAUACCCGGAACUCAAACAGAGGUUCAAGUUACAAGAACAGGAAAAGCUGUGACAUUGAUAAACUUGUUGUUAUAUGAGCCAGAAACUGUACUAAGAGUUUUUAACGAAAUAUUCUAUCUCAUGUCCCUACCAGAACUGGAUGCGUUUUUUCGUAACCCAGAAACGCUGCAAGUUAAGGAAGUUUUCAUUUUUGUUGUGGACAAUGGUCCAUCAGAGGCACCCGCAAGUACCAUUGUUCAGAUGUUACUUGCAAGACUUGUUAAGUUUUUAAAUCUGGACAAAGCUGUUCAGCGAUCUUUUGCGGAAUAUUUGAGCAAACGGAACUUUGUAGAGCAUUGUCAUGCUGCAGAGAACAAAGGUCUUGAAAGGCAUGAACCUUUUAGCUCCAAACAAAUCAACCCAUGUGCAGUUCCAGGAACCGAUGCACACAAAGAAAACAUGGAGAAAAUGGCGACCGAUGUGAGAGCGGCAAUAGAUGGCACCAAGUUUAAUAAAGAACCCAUUCGUUGCUUCCGUGGCGUUGGAGAUCGUCUCGUUUUUAACGAUGAAGAAGGGCUCAAGUACUUCUCUUCCCUGUGCAAUGAUCGCAAAGAAUCGUGUGAUAUGCAUUACAGUGCUGUCAACAAUGGUAUAUAUGGUUAUCUUGUGCAGAACUGGGGUGUUGAAGAAAAUUUCACUGGAAAUUACGCUGAUGACUAUCGUUCCCUGAAGUCUGACGCAUCGAGGUGCAAAUAUUCCGUUUCGGUCUAUCGGCAAGAUGACAAAUGGCGUGGCAAGAUGCAAGAGAAGUUUGAAAGGGAGCCGAUUCCCGAUCUCUUGAGGUUCGAACACACCCGGGCCAUGCAUUAUCUUCCAUACGAGGUUCGCAGAGAUUUGCCUGUAGGAGAAUGGGAUGGAAUUACACAACUAUUUCUCCCCUCAGAUAUCCUUGAUUUGGCACAGAAGGUGUUUUACCCUAAACCUUCUCAAGACAUUUUAUCCGCCACUGCAUUCUUAGCGUGGAUUCCACGGCAUCAGGCAGAAGAAUUUUUCACUUGUGGAAGCAAGGAUGCAGAGCUAUUAGCUGAAGAAGAUAAUUCCAAAGAAUUUUGGUCCAAACAUUCCCUCUUCAUCGAAAAUACUCGAGAGGAACUUGUAGCAAUUUGUAGUUCAAAAAAACUGUUGGAAACAGGAAAGAAACACGAACUUGUAGAACGUAUUGUGAAAGCAACAGAAGGGGAAAGUUCUUGGAAGGGUUCCUGUGACAUAUACAGCGGAAGCCUCUCUCAAGUCCCAUCGUCCGUAGCACAGUUAAACAAGCAGCCAGUGCGUUUUCUGCGAGCAGUUUUAAGAUUCCAUGGGUUUUGUCCAUUGGGCACAAAGGACGAACUUAUUAUUCGAGUCGGAUUGUUAAAGGGCGGUCAAAUCCAAACUGCGUUUAGUAGAGAAAGAAUGGAACUAGUGAAAAGGAUUUCAAUUCUGAGGGACAUUUACAAACUACUAGAUCAGGAAAAGGAAACUAAACUGUAUAUUCAUAAGAGACGCACCUUCGGUUCAGACGGUGCUGUUCUGUCAACUAGAGACAAGUGUGGUCUCAAGAAAGUUGUCCACGAGGACAAACUUGAUGUGCAAGGUACCGUAAGCGACAUCCUUGAUCGACUCGAGCAAAGUUUGCUAAAGCUCGAGAAUGCUGCUGUUGAAAAAAUUGGAAGAAGUGUAAAGAGUCGUAAAGAAAUGUCUCCUGCCCCCUCCAAAAGGAGAAAGUACCAGGCUAGCGAGGAAGAGCCAAGCAGAAAGUCAACCAGGGAAAAGCAAAAACCAAAGAAAUUGGAAGAAGGCUGGGUAGCAGAAGAGCGAGAACUUAUCACAAAAGUAGGAGCCAGGAUUCAUGUGCUAUGGACUGAAAAUGAGCUUAGAGGAACCAAGUUCAAACCAGGCUGGUAUGAGGGUGAAGUACAACAAUACGAUGACGACGAUGUUAUUCGCGUACCUUACAAAGACGGGUUGCGAGGUUCGACAAGGUUAUGCUAA